CUCCCGGGGAACCCGAACAGAAUCUUCCCGGAGAGCGGAACCGACCCAUCCGGGGAACCCGAACCGAACUUUCCCGGGAAACCCGAACCGACCCAUCCAGAGAAUCCGAACGAAACCUUCCUGGAGAGCCCGAACCGACCCUUCCCGGUGCUCCCGGGGAGACCGAACCGAAUCUUCCCAGAGAGACCGAACCGACCCAUCCGGGGAACCUGAACCGAAACCUUCCCGGAGCUCCCGGGGAACUCGAACCGAAUCUUCCGGAGAACCCGAACCGAAACCUUCCCGGGGAACCGAACGAAUCUUCCCGGAGCACCCGCACCGACCCCUCCCGGGGUCCGGGCCCCGCACCGGCUCCAUCCCCGGGACCCUGAACCCACCGACCCCGCCCGGCCCGUCCCCGGUGCUCCCGGCGCAUCCCGGCGCCGCCGCGGGACCGGGAGCCGCCGUCCCCGCCGGGAUGGUGGCCCCCGCGCUGCUGGCGCUGGCCCUGGGCACCCUGGCUGUCGUGGCAGCCCCCCCGGAGGGUCCCCGCCUGUCCCUGUCACCCCCGGAGCCGAAGCCACAUCAGCGCUUCAACGUCACCUGCACCUUGGGGCGCGCCAUCCCCAACGCCAGCGUCACCAUCACCGCCAACGACCGCAGCUGGCACGCGACCCUCAGCCAGGACGGCCGCCAGGCCACCGCCACGGUCAAUGUCACCAAGGAGGGCACCGUCCAGCUGGGCUGCACCGUCCGCGUGGGCAGCGAGGAGCUCCAGGCCACGGCCACCGCCCAGGCCUUCUAUGUCCCCGUGCCGCUGCUGGACGUCGCCAACGCCACCGUGGCUGGCACGGAGCUGAGGGGGAACUGCUCCUUGCCGGCCGGGGCCGUGCGGGACAUCCGGCUGCGGGUGCUGGCCCAGGGCCAGGCCGUCCCGGGGGGCUCGGGGCAGCCCCCGGUGACCUUCAGGCUGCCGGUGUCGGAGGAGGACACGCAGCGGGAGCUGGAGGUGACCUGCGUGGCCGAGAUGGAGCCCUACACCUCCAGGAACAAAUCCCAGCGGGUCCGAGUGCUGGCCAAACCGCGGCUGGGCCCCUCGCACUGCCCCGCGCAGCAGAACUGGACGGAGGGGCAGGAGGGGACGCUGCACUGCGGGGCCGAGGGCUCACCUGAGCCGCAGGUGAGCUGCUCCAGGGACGGGAACUCCCUGGUGCCGGGAGCCGCGCUCCGCGCCGCCCGCGGCCACGCCGGGACCUACCUGUGCCGGGCCACCAACGCGCUGGGGACGGCCGAGCGCAACGUCACCGUCUGGGUGCACUACGAGGACGCGUUCCCGCUGCUCCCGGUGCUCUCGGGGGUGCUGCUGGCGGCAUUCGCCCUCCUGGGCCUGGCCGCGUUCUUCAUCCACCGCUACAGGAGCAAGAUCGGCGAGUACUGGCUCUGGAGGCGGCAGCCGCCGCCGGACGCGCGGCCCCGCCGGGCCCCGGGCAGCUCCCAGGCGGCCGCUCCCAACGGAUCCGCGGCCCCCUAGGCGGGCGGGGGUCCUGGAGGGGCCGGGACCCCCUGCCCGUCCCCGCCCCGCGGCCACCGAGGGGACAGCGACAGCGGGGACCGGCCGGAGCCGCGCGGUGGAAGCAGCUCCCAGACUGGGAUGGACUGGGACGGACUGGGACGGACCGGGAGGGACCGGGGCGGUGAGAUCCACCCGGCCCCCGGCGUGGAUCUCCGCGGUUCGCUCCGGAUUGGAUCCCGCGAGUGUUUUUGGGGUGGAUUUGGUGACUUUGGAGCAGCCGGGCGGAAUCCCGGGGACUCGGGGAGGACGAGGAGCCGGAGGGGAGGGGACACAGAGGCGACAGCCACCAAUAAACGCCGCCGUGACAUCCUCGGGGACAGCGCUCCGCGGCUCGGGGGGUUCCUGGCGAGCAGCGCGGGGGGUGCCCGGGCUGUGCCCGCGUUGUCCCCCCGGGCUGGGGACAGCGCCGGUGUCGCCGGCCGCGCCAGCCCCGCUGCCGGCGCUCGCGUCUGUCGCUGUCGCUUCGCCCACGCGCGGCCCCGGAGCCGCCCCCGCGGGGAGGGCGCCGGGGGCGUUCGGGGAGGGGUUUUGGGGUUUUUUUGGGGGGGGGUUCGU